AUUAGAGCUCAUUCAUACGCGCAGACUCUCCGAGGAAUCAGUUCUCCAUCUUCUUCUCCACCGUCAUCGACCCCGUCCUUUCUCUUUGCUUUUCGCACCAGCCGGAACCAUGGAGGGCGGCUCCGCAGACGACGCGGCGAAGGCAAUCGCGGAAUGUGUGGACAGCGGCGAUGCUUCCGCCGCUUCAGAGACACUGAGCAAAAAUGCACUGAAGAAGCAGUUGAAGAAUCAAAAGAAGGAAGAGGAAAGAAGACUCAAGGAGGAGAAGGCUAAGCAGGUUCCUUCCAAGGCUAGUCAAAAAGCUGCAGCAGCUGAGGAUGAUGAUAUGGAUCCAACACAAUACUUUGAGAACAGGCUGAAAUAUCUUGAAGCCCAGAAGGCAGAUGGAAAGAAUCCGUAUCCCCACAAAUUCGGGGUCCAAAUGUCUAUCCUCGAGUACAUCGAGAAGUAUGGAAGCUUAAAUAACGGAGACCACCUUGAGGAUGUCUCGGUGUCUCUUGCUGGGAGGAUUAUGAGCAAGAGAUCUUCCUCUUCGAAGUUGUUCUUUUAUGAUAUGCAUGAGGGCGGUGCUAAAUUGCAAGUCAUGGCUGAUGCGAGUAAAUCGGGCAUGGAAGAAGCAGAAUUUUCCAAGUUUCACUCUAGCGUGAAGCGUGGUGAUGUUGUUGGUGUCACUGGCUUCCCAGGAAAAACCAAAAGAGGAGAGCUGAGCAUAUUUCCAACAUCAUUCAUAGUUUUGUCGCAUUGCCUUCACAUGAUGCCAAGGCAGAAAGCUGGUCCUGGAUCUGAUAAUGCAAAUGUGAAGAAAAUUGAUUCAUGGCUGCCAGGAAGACCACGGAAUCCUGAAGCAUAUAUUUUAAAAGAUCAGGAAACUCGAUAUCGUCAACGUUAUUUGGAUUUGAUGCUCAAUACAGAGGUUCGGCAAAUCUUUAAGACCAGAGCCAAGAUUGUAUCCUAUAUGCGGGGAUUUCUUGAUAAUCUUGAUUUCUUGGAGGUCGAAACACCAAUGAUGAAUAUGAUUGCUGGUGGGGCCACUGCACGGCCAUUUGUGACUCACCACAAUGAAUUGAACAUGAGGCUAUAUAUGCGGAUAGCGCCUGAACUCUACCUGAAGGAGCUGGUGGUUGGUGGACUUGAUCGUGUUUAUGAAAUAGGAAAGCAAUUCAGGAACGAGGGAAUUGAUUUGACUCACAAUCCGGAGUUCACCACGUGUGAAUUCUACAUGGCCUUCGCAGACUACAAUGAUUUGAUGAGCCUCACUGAGAGAAUGCUCAGUGGGAUGGUUAUGGAACUCACUGGCGGCUAUAAGAUCAAGUAUCACACAAACGGACUUGACAAGGAUCCUAUUGAGAUCGACUUCACUCCCCCUUUUAGGAGGAUAGACAUGGUAGAGGAAUUGGAGAAGGUUGCAGGCCUCAGUAUACCAAGGGAUUUCUCUAGUGAGGAAGCUAAUAAAUACUUAUUGGAAGCUUGUGCAAAGUUCGAUGUUAAGUGCCCUCCUCCUCAGACAACUGCUAGGUUGUUGGAUAAACUUGUUGGCCACUUCUUAGAAGAAACUUGUGUCAACCCUACGUUCAUCAUAAACCAUCCAGAGAUAAUGAGUCCUUUGGCAAAAUGGCACCGGUCGAAACCAGGACUGACAGAGCGCUUUGAGUUGUUCAUCAACAAGCAUGAACUUUGCAAUGCCUAUACCGAACUGAAUGACCCUGUAGUACAACGCCAGAGAUUUGCAGACCAGCUGAAGGAUCGGCAAUCAGGGGAUGACGAAGCCAUGGCUUUGGAUGAGACAUUCUGCACAGCUCUAGAAUAUGGGCUGCCUCCCACAGGAGGAUGGGGCUUGGGAAUUGACCGGUUGGCUAUGCUGUUGACGGACUCCCAGAACAUUAAGGAAGUACUUCUGUUUCCUGCUAUGAAGCCACAGGAUGAACCACCGUCUGCUAAAGGGCCAACUGCUGCAACAUAGAUGCAUUUUCGUGACUGGAAGAAUUGAGGGACCACUGCUUGAAUUUUGACCCGUCACAUGCUUGAACUUGGUGGAUGCCUUCACAUCGCAGCAGCUCCUGAUUCCUCCCAACACUAAAGCUGCUGUGAAGUCGAAAUAGUUAUUGCGCUGCCUUGAGGUGAUUUAAGUGGGGCUAUUGACCUUCGAAUUUUUUGACAUUUGAUGGAAAUGUGUCAUCUCUAUAUUCAAUUAUACAAAAAGCUAGUGUUUCCUUUUGCUAUAAACCAACUUGGGUUGUAAAAGAGUAAAUUUCAAUCAUCCCAUCGUUUUGUGAUAUGGUUCCAUUUCAAAUA